CUUACAUGGUGGGAUUAAGAGUGAGGUUGGGACCAUAAACCGGUUUAAACUCCCCAGUGGUGUUUUUUCCCACUGACCGUUCCAAGGCGGUGCCCCACUGUGUUCCUCUGUUUGUUUGUUUUGUCCUCAUGUGUUGGCUUUGUGUGUGCGCGCGCGUGUGUGUGCGUGUGUUUGUGGUGUGCACGUCUGCCUCUGGGGAGGCUGCGUUUUUGGAACGAGGCAUUCCCUGUUUGAUAUUUGUCUUUGUUUUUUGUAAGUAAAAAUACGUAUGUACAAUAUAAUGUACUGCUUUUCAGGUGGUACAACUGAAGCUACCAACAUUAAAACACGUGAGACGUGUGGUUCGUUCACAGUGAACCCUCUAGUUGAACAGGGGCUCAUUCCACAGUCCAUGGCGCAGAUACUGAUCCCGCCACCAAAACAGCCAUCAAACACCAAAAUAAAAAGAUCUAAAGUAAUCACCGAAGGGCGUGUUAUUAGUGGUGACGAAAUGCUGAGACAGUUGAAAGAAAAAGAAAAGCUUAUUAAAAGACAGAUUGAGGCUAAGGAAGAGAGACUGCAACUCAAAGAAAAGAGAAAGCAAGAGAAAGAGAAAGAAUCAGAAGGGAAAAAAGCAGAAGAGAGAAGAAGAAAAAAGGUUAAAAGAACGAAAAAGAAAAGACGAAAAUAUAAAGAAAGCAGUUGGUGGCCGUUCGGCAGCAAAGAAAUUCACUUGUGGAGUGAGGAAGUAUGAAUGUCGAGAUGAAUGGAGUACGUAAUGUGGUAUGUGUGUGAGGAAAAUAGGUGCGAGAGGUGGUAUCACGAAGAAUGUUUAAGUGUGCAGGAGAGAGAGAGUACUUGACAGAGAGCGUGAAUGAUGGAAGUGAGUGGUAUUGUAAAAAAUAUAAGUCAUGGUUAUGUGAGAAAUGAAUGUACGUGAAUAAGUUUAUGUGUGUGAAGGGAUACUUUAUGUGAUAUUUGUGUUUAUGAGUUGUGAUUUAUUGAAAACAUUUUGUAAACAUCACACUAAUAAACUUAAAACACAGCUUCACAAAGGCGUGUUGCUGCACAGAACUAUCAUUUAGAUGUUUCGAAUAUAGAUCUGGGAUCCUGUAUGAAUGCUACAGAUUGCCGGAAGUUGAAUGCACCCUUUGGUACACAAUGCAACAUAAAAUCAUCCAAAGAACUAUUAUUCGUAUGUUUGUCAUAGGGCUAAUAAAUUAGCAA